AUGCCCUCCUCAGCGUCUCAGUCUCUGCCGGCUGGACCUGCUGAACCUGGACCUGCUGCAACCCGGACCUGCUGCGACCCGGGCGUCCGCUGGUACCUCAUCAGUCACAGCAGAGGAUCCUGGUUUGAUCCUGGUCUGACUCACGUCCAGGACACAAUACCAUCAGUGCAGUCAUCUUCAAAAGAACCAUUACUCAGGGGUUUAGGAGUUACCAGAAGCGGCGGGCAGCGGGCCGGCCACGAGGGGGGGGGCAGGCCGGCUGGGGGGGAGGGGGUGUCAGGUGCUCUGGGUGCCUUUAUGGGCCAGCCGAGGAGACCAUCCAUUGUCCUGACCGAACACCUGCAGUACCAUCGUCUCUCACCUGGUCGUACCAUCGUCUCUCACCUGGUCGUACCAUCGUCUCUCACCUGGUCGUACCAUCGUCUCUCACCUGGUCGUACCAUCGUCUCUCACCUGGUCGUACUAUUGUCUCUCACCUGGUCGUACCAUCGUCUCUCACCCGGUCGUACCAUCGUCUCUCACCUGGUCGUACCAUCGUCUCUCACCCGGUCGUACCAUCGUCUCUCACCCGGUCGUACCAUCGUCUCUCACCCAGUCGUACCAUCGUCUCUCACCCGGUCGUACCAUCGUCUCUCACCUGGUCGUGCCAUCGUCUCUCACCUGGUGGUACCAUCGUCUCUCACCUGGUCGUACCAUCGUCUCUCACCUGGUGGUACCAUCGUCUCUCACCCGGUCGUACCAUCGUCUCUCACCUGGUCGUACCAUCAUCUCUCACCUGGUGGUACCAUCGUCUCUCACCCGGUCGUACCAUCGUCUCCCACCCGGUCGUACCAUCGUCUCUCACCAGGUCGUACCAUCGUCUCUCACCUGGUCGUACCAUCGUCUCUCACCUGGUCGUACCAUCGUCUCUCACCUGGUCGUACCAUCGUCUCUCACCCGGUCGUACCAUCGUCUCUCACCAGGUCGUACCAUCGUCUCUCACCUGGUCGUACCAUCGUCUCUCACCUGGUCGUACCAUCGUCUCUCACCCGGUUGUACCAUCGUCUCUCACCUGGUCGUACCAUCGUCUCUCACCUGGUCGUAACCAUCGUCUCUCACCUGGUCGUACCAUCGUCUCUCACCUGGUCGUACCAUCGUCUCUCACCUGGUCGUACCAUCGUCUCUCACCUGGUCGUACCAUCGUCUCUCACCUGGUCGUACCAUCGUCUCUCACCUGGUCGUAACCAUCGUCUCUCACCUGGUCGUACCAUCGUCUCUCACCUGGUUGUACCAUCGUAUCGUCACCUGGUCGUACCAUCGUCUCUCACCUGGUCGUACCAUCGUCUCUCACCUGGUCGUAACCAUCGUCUCUCACCUGGUCGUACCAUCGUCUCUCACCUGGUCGUACCAUCGUCUCUCACCUGGUCGUACCAUCGUCUCUCACCUGGUCGUAACCAUCGUCUCUCACCUGGUGGUACCAUCGUCUCUCACCCGGUCGUACCAUCGUCUCUCACCCGGUCGUACCAUAGUCUCUCACCCGGUCGUACCAUCGUCUCUCACCAGGUCGUACCAUCGUCUCUCACCUGGUCGUACCAUCGUCUCUCACCUGGUCGUACCAUCGUCUCUCACCUGGUCGUACCAUCGUCUCUCACCUGGUCGUACCAUCGUCUCUCACCUGGUCGUACCAUCGUCUCUCACCUGGUCUCUCUCACCCGGUCGUACCAUCGUCUCUCACCGGUCGUACCAUCAUCUCUCACCUGGUCGUACCAUCGUCUCUCACCUGGUCGUACCAUCGUCUCUCACCUGGUCGUACCAUCGUCUCUCACCUGGUCGUACCAUCGUCUCUCACCUGGUCGUACCAUCGUCUCUCACACCCUGGUUGUAACCAUCGUCUCACCUACACGUCUCUCACCUGGUGGUACCAUCGUCUCUCACCCGGUCGUACCAUCGUCUCUCACCCGGUCGUACCAUCGUCUCUCACCCGGUCGUACCAUAGUCUCUCACCCUGUCGUACCAUCGUCUCUCACCAGGUCGUACCAUCGUCUCUCACCUGGUCGUACCAUCGUCUCUCACCUGGUCGUACCAUCGUCUCUCACCUGGUCGUACCAUCGUCUCUCACCUGGUCGUACCAUCGUCUCUCACCCGGUCGUACCAUCGUCUCUCACCCGGUUGUACCAUCGUCUCUCACCCGGUCGUACCAUCGUCUCUCACCCGGUCGUACCAUCGUCUCUCACCCGGUCGUACCAUCGUCUCUCACCAGGUCGUACCAUCGUCUCUCACCUGGUCGUACCAUCGUCUCUCACCUGGUCGUACCAUCGUCUCUCACCUGGUCGUACCAUCGUCUCUCACCCGGUCGUACCAUCGUCUCUCACCAGGUCGUACCAUCGUCUCUCACCUGGUCGUACCAUCGUCUCUCACCUGGUCGUACCAUCGUCUCUCACCCGGUCGUACCAUCGUCUCUCACCUGGUCGUACCAUCGUCUCUCACCUGGUUGUAACCAUCGUCUCUCACCUGGUCGUACCAUCGUCUCUCACCUGGUCGUACCAUCGUCUCUCACCUGGUCGUACCAUCGUCUCUCACCUGGUCGUACCAUCGUCUCUCACCUGGUCGUACCAUCGUCUCUCACCUGGUCGUAACCAUCGUCUCUCACCUGGUCGUACCAUCGUCUCUCACCUGGUUGUACCAUCGUCUCUCACCAGGUCGUACCAUCGUCACCUGGUCGUACCAUCGUCUCUCACCUGGUCGUACCAUCGUCUCUCACCUGGCCGUAACCAUCGUCUCUCACCUGGUCGUACCAUCGUCUCUCACCUGGUCGUACCAUCGUCUCUCACCUGGUCGUACCAUCGUCUCUCACCUGGUCGUACCAUCGUCUCUCACCUGGUCGUUACCAUCGUCUCUCACCUGGUCGUACCAUCGUCUCUCACCUGGUCGUACCAGCGUCUCUCACCUGGUCGUACCAUCGUCUCUCACCUGGUCGUACCAUCGUCUCUCACCUGGUCGUACCAUCGUCUCUCACCUGGUCGUACCAUCGUCUCUCACCUGGUCGUACCAUCGUCUCUCACCUGGUCGUACCAUCGUCUCUCACCUGGUCGUCACUUUGGGUGA